CAGUCUCACUAUUAGCCAAGUUUUCUUGCUCUCUCCCUCUGAAAGAUUUUAUACAUAUUUAUUCCUCUCUUGUUUAUAUUUUCCUAUUAAAUAAUAUUGAAUCAGAAUUUUCAAUGGAAGAUCAAUUAAAACCCGAUCGGAGCAACAAGAAUCUCGAUGACUCAAGAUCUCAUAAAUCCCAUAGCCUCUCUCAUACCAUCAUCCCUCACAUUCUUAACUUAUAUGGGUCGCGAGCUACAGCUAAAGACUUUGAGAUUUAUGACCCGAAUGCUACUUUUGAGGAUCCCCUCAUGCGUGCCCAUGGAGUGAAGCAGAUCAAGUCUGCUUUCUACUCAGUAGCUAAGAUAUUUAGUGAAUCAGAGAUUGUAGAAUACAGCGUCCAAGAAAGCGCAACUGCUUCCGGAAAAGCAGAAAUUCUUAUUGACAAUAAGCAACAUUACAAAAUAUUCGGAAAAGAUGUGGAUAUAACCUCACUUAUCAAGCUCAAUAUUCAAGAAGGGAAGAUUAUCCGUCAUGAGGACUGGUGGGAUAGAAACCCUUUAAAGAACAGAGAUACCGUGAAGCCAGCUUUUGUUGGGAGGUUAGCUGAAAUGACUCGCAGAGGCUCAAUGAUCAUAACCCAUGCUAUGAUGGGAUUUGGGAAGGAUCCUAGUCCUUAGAAUUUUCGUUCUAUGAAAAUGACUCUAUCCUGAUAUUGCAAAAUGGGAGUUUACUUCUAGUUGAGUUAUAUAUAUUGAGUAUUGACCAAAAAAAGAGUUUUAUAUACUGAGAUAAACCCGUGUAGGGUGUUAUAAGAGAGUGUUCUAGUGAUAUUUUAUCUUAUAUGUCUCUAACAAUCAAUAUGUGGGGACAGCUUUGCUGCUCCAGAAAACCGAUUUUGGAGCACCGAUGGCAUUUUUAGUAAA